UGUAUAUUUUGUUAUCAAUGUUUUGUUCCGUGAUAUUAUUUUAUACUAAUUUGAAGCAUUACAGCACAACUUGCACAACAAAGUUAAAUCAAUUUUCAUCCUCAAACUUAACCCUUUCGUGUCUUAUAAUUGAAAUUACUAUUUCAAACAUGGCACAACCUGAAGUUGAAAUGUCAGAAUUGGAAGAAUUACAAACCAAAAAAUUAUGGCAUCAAUUGACUUUAAAACUCUUGGCCUAUGUUAAGGAUACAAAUGUUCAAAAAAAGGUUGACUUAUUGAAUUUCUACAAUAAAUUUAUCCAACCAAUAGAAAGUAAAAUGAAUUCUUUUGCUUUGGUUGAAAUUGUUUCAUAUGUAAUUCCAUUUAUUAAAGAACCAAAGGAAGCAGUUAUAUUUUUAGAAACUCUGGAACCCAAAGUUAAAGACAAAGUCGAAGCUUUAAUUUUUGCUAAAGUUUUAAAAGGUGAAAUACUUUUGGAUAAAUUGAAAAAUCAACAAGACUGUUUGGUUGUUAUUACUGAUGUCGAUAAAUUGCUGAGUGAUCUGGAUGAAAUAUCUCCUGUGCACAGUCGAUAUUAUUUGUUGGCCAGUCACCUGUAUCGUAUUCAAGGAAAGCAUACUGAAUACUACCGCACUUGUUUGAAGUAUUUGGGUGCAAUCGAUUUGUCUACUAUUAGCCAACCGGAUCAAAUAAGAAACGCAUUUUUAUUAGGUCUUGCUGCAUUACUAAGUGAUGACAUUUAUAAUUUGGGUGAACUGCUCAUGCAUCCCAUUUUAGAUUCAUUAACCAACACAACAAAUUAUUGGUUGGUAGAACUAUUAAAUGCGUUCAACACAGGAGACAUUACAAAAUUUGCCAAAAUGAAACCACAGUGGGCUUCUAUACCUGAUAUAGCAGUUCAAGAACAUAAACUCAGACAAAAAAUUUCCUUACUUUGUUUGAUGGAAAUGACAUUCAAACGACAAGCUAAAAACAGGUGUUUAUCAUUUCAAGAAAUUGCACUUGAGACACAGUUAUCAUUAGAACAGAUUGAAAUGUUGGUAAUGAAAGCUUUAUCAUUAGGUCUAGUUAAGGGUAAAAUCGAUCAAGUCAGUGAAGGUGUAUACUUGGAAUGGGUUCAACCAAGAGUGAUGAACAAAACACCAAUAUCGGGUAUGAUUGGUAGACUGGACACAUGGUGUUCGGAAGUCAAGAACAUGCAGUACAGGAUGCAAGACGAAGCCCAAGAUUUUUUGAAAGUUUAAACUUUAUAGUAUAUUUAUUAUUAUUAAGGUUUGUUUAUAAAAUAUUCUUUUCAAUAAUUACAUCGUACCUAACACAAAAAUGUAUUUAAUCUGAUGUAUUUUAUAAGAUUUGUUGUAAAAACGUACAAUAAAAUUGUGUGUAUAAC